UCGAGGACCCCUGCAGUACCACCGUGGACCCCCUAGGGGUCGCGUGCCCCCUGUUCUUCAUUUUUAUCAAAACAGCUUUACUGAUAUAUACCAUCAUGAGCGAAGUUAUUUAGAUCCCAACCACAUGACUUGGCUUAGCUCAUUAGUACGAGAUAAAUCAAAAGCCGAAUCAGUCCAAACUAUUGUGUUAUACAGAGCUGUAUGAGCAACAGGAGAUGGGGGCUGAUCGAUUGGUGUUCUCUAUUCUUCCAACCAAUGGAAGUCGAGUAUUCCCUCAGGCAUUGGCCAAUCAGAGAGCACGGAGCGGUAUUUGAAUCACGGGAAGGCCUUUGUAUAUCAAGCGACUUGUUUUGAAUUGGAUAAGAAACAUUAAGCAAGGCUAAACGGCGCUUUUUAAGCUUUAACAUUUUAUUAUUGUACUACUUAUCCGAUAAGCCAGUCCGCAAUGGAAAUGCACGCUUUGCGCAAUGCAGACAACCCUGCUUUCAUCGGUGGCAAAGCUGGGCCUGUAAACGGUGGAGCGAGAAGGGCAGUGUUUUGUGAACUGUCCAACUUUGCCCACAAACCUGCUCCGACCAAGAAAGUUAAAACUAUGCUACCUGUAAAACCAAGUGUCCAGCCAGCUGUUGUGCAACCCAAGCGACCCCAGGUAAGGCAGGAAGUCUGCUACCCUGCUGCAGCUUUACCUCCAGCUCAAGCUGAUGUCAGCAUGAAGGAAGAGGAACUGUGUCAAGCCUUUUCCAACACCCUCUUUCCGGUCGAAGAUAUUGAUGAAGAUGAUGGUGACAUGCCUCAGUUGUGUUCUGAAUAUGUAAAGGACAUCUAUGUGUAUCUGCGACGCCUUGAGGCUCAGCAGUCGAUCCGUCCCCGUUAUAUGCAUGGUUAUGAUAUCAAUGGGCGAAUGCGUGCGCUUUUGGUUGAUUGGCUGAUUCAGGUGCACUCAAGAUUUCAGCUACUGCAGGAAACCCUGUACAUGACUGUUGCCAUCCUUGAUCGUUUUCUCCAGGUUCAACCAGUGACCCGCAAGAAGCUCCAGCUAGUGGGGGUUACUGCAAUGCUGAUUGCUUGUAAAUAUGAGGAAAGGCAUGUGCCAAUGGUUGGGGACUUUGCCUACAUUGCUGAUGAUGCCUUCACAAAAGCCCAGAUUCGAGAGAUGGAGAUGUUGAUUCUAAGUGAGCUGAAGUUUGAAUUGGGACGACCUCUGUCCCUGCACUUUCUACGGAGGGCUUCUAAAGCUGGAUAUGCUGAUGCUGAGAAACACACUCUUGCAAAAUAUUUUCUGGAGCUGACGCUGCUUGACUAUGACAUGGUUCACUAUCAUCCUUCUGAGACGGCAGCUGCUGCUCUCUGCCUCUCUCAACUUGUGCUUGAUGGGCAAAAAUGGUCAUCAACCCAACAACACUACUCCACAUAUGAUGAGGCCCACUUGAAGCCGAUCAUGCAGCACAUUGCCAAAAAUGUUGUUAAUGUCAAUGAGGGACUCUCAAAGCAUGUGACUGUGAAGAAAAAGUAUUCAAGCAGUAAGCUCAUGAAGAUCAGUGUCCUUCCCCAGUUGAAGUCUUCACUUAUAAAGGAUCUGGCAGCACGUUUGCUUUCCAGCUCUUGAGGAUUUUUUUUUAUUUUUUAUGUGGAAGUGGACUAUAAACCUGCACUUUAUGCAUCAGUCAGCCAUUUUGGGAUAUUGACUGCUGCUUUUUAAACUGAUGUACAUAGUCUCAGAAUGUCUGUGUGAAUAAACAUUUUGUUUCUACUUUUUAAUGAAGAUUACAUUUUAAGCAGAGGGUUUAAAUUGGGUUUUACGGUUUUCAUUUUAGAAAAUUGCUGGUGCUGUAAUUUUGUCUUACCUUUUUUGUGCUUUAUGGACAAAUUUCACAGUUAAGUCGUGCUGCAAUUUACCUUAUGCUUAUUAGGAAUAAGACUGGAGGGGAAAUAAAAUGCAACUGAUUUGAAACUGGGAGCUGACUUUUUUUUUUUUUAUAAAUACAUUGUUCAUUUAAAUUGAUAUAAUGGAAAAUAGCAAAUAAGAACUAUUUACAGAUGAAAAUAAACCACUUUUUGUGAAGGAAAUAUUUUUUUCGCUAAUUUAACCCACCUAUAGUGCACUAUUGCAGAGUUAACACCAUCCACAAAGCAGCUCAAAGUCUGAGAUGCAAAUUUAUGUAAAAUGCCAGUAAUACUCAUGUAAACAGUUUCCAAAUUUCUUUCCUUUUAGUGAUGAGCACUUUCUCUGGCAAACCUUGGUUUGAAUGACCUGACCAGUACAUUUGUAAAAGGUUGUACUGAUAAAGUGCGUUAAACUUCACCAAACAGUUACUUGCGAACAGAUGUGAUUGUGGGACUGUUAACAAAAUAAUGCAUGAAAAUAACACUUCUAUAGAACAUUUUGCUUUACAAAACUCUGCAUCUCUUGAACAAUGAUACAUUCAGCAUACAUCCAAGAUAAACAAUUUCAUAAAUAUACAGUCCAUGGUUUUCAAGAUUCGUGUGCAUUUUAUACAUUUGGGUUUCUCUUAACUAGAAUGUGAAAAGCAUUGAAAAUGGUCAUUAGCAGCUAAAUAUUUCCCACUCAAACCACUGAUUUGGACAAGGCCGUAACCAUGUCUUGAACAUUGGUGGGGACCAAACCAUUUUGGGGGUGGGGGGUUGCGGGUGUUGAGGUCACAAAUAUAAUUGUCCUCUUUGGUCCUUUAAAAUAGUAAAGGCUCUGAAUGCAAUAAUUUUCAGAAUAAUGACUUUUAAUGCCAUAGAGGCCCAAAAUUAAUAAUUCAUUUUAAUUUUUGAUUUUUAAAAGAUACAUUUUUUACAAGACUACCACUGUGUCUACAUUGCUAUCAAUUUGCCUGUUUUAGUCAUCUUUUCUUUUUUGUGCUGUAUCAAAGACAAGACAAAUAUAAUUUGAAUUUCUUUUCAUCGCUGAUGUAUCUUUAAAAAGAAAAUACACAAAAUGAUUUACUGCCAUCAAGUUGUCCCUCGUGUUUCCCCAGUCGAAUCUUAACACAAUAUUUUCUUCAAGAAUCCUAACGCUGCUCUUUUCCAUACAAAAACAGUUCAUAUUGAGCACUACUGUCAAGGUCCAAAGAAUAAAAAAAUCAUUAUUAACAUAGCAUAAAAGUAGUCAAUACAACACAAAGCUGUUGUGUGGCCACAGAAAGCUUGGAAUAUAAUGCACUUGUCAUUUGGACUACUGUUGUGAUAUCUUUAUAUUAAACCUUUAAUAGUGCUUUAUAUAUUUGUCCUUUUUGAAGCUUGACAUCUCCUGCUCACAAACUGUUAUUCUAUGGAAUAGAGCUGCUUAAAAUAUCUACCCAGAAUAUGGGUUUUGAACAACAUAAGGGUGUGUAAAAGUACAUUUCCAUUUUUAGGUGAACUACUCCUUUAACUGGUGGCUCAUCCUCAAAAUAAAAUAGUCUCUUUUAAAAGAAGGAGGUGCUGUACAAAAUUCAGAAUUAAGACAAAGAAAUUAUUUAGAAAAUCUUAAAUUGAUUUUAAAUGAGUACCUGAUAAUAUUUACAUUCAAAAAAAUAUAUGACACUGUCCUUGCCACAACCUAAAAACUCAAUUCACAGGUCUUACCAUGUUCUAGUUUUAAUCUGAGGGUGAAACUGCUCUACUCUGUAUUAUAGAUCAUUUUCUAAGACAAUAUCAAGUACAUUUUCUAAAAUGG